AUGCGCGUGGACGCACAGGUGACCGGCUACGAAGCGAGAGGUCUAGCGUUCUUAGUGCUAUGGAAUAACCAGCUCACGAGGAACUGUGCGGCACACCUUAGUAAAGCGUUGCGCUCCUCCCAAUCGCUAUGCGUGCUGAACAUCGGCCGCAACGCAGUCGGCACGGAAGGCGUUCGAGCGCUGUGCGCGGGCGGCGCCCUGAUCUCCGUAGGGCUGCAGGCCGCCCGGUUGGGGCCCGAGGCCGCGCCUGCCAUCGCUGAGCUCAUAGGACAGAAUAAUACGCUCCAGGUAAGAGAAAGAGAGAGAGAAAGAGUAACAGUAGGUCUGUUCAUCUUCCCGACGCUGUGCGCGGGCGGCGCGCUGAUCUCUGUAGGGCUGCAGGCCGCCCGGUUGGGGCCCGAGGCCGCGCCCGCCAUCGCCGAGCUCAUAGGACAGAACAACACGCUGCAGAGGCUAGACUUGCGCGACAACCGGAUAGGCGCUCUCGGGCUGCAAGCGAUACUGACGGCGCUCCAACGGAACACCGUCAUCACGCAGCUUGACCUGGCCGGCCCGGACUCAUCAACAACCCUAUCGGCUGAGGACAGCGAGGCUGCGAUUGUCGCGCGUUUAACGCGCGAGAUACGCGCAGUUUGCAGUCGCAACGAGGCCGCCAGUGAACCUGCAAAGCGCACGCAUAGAAGAAUUAGUCUUACGUGUCAUACCGCCUGCGUGCCUAAGCCGACGGCGGAGGAGGAGCGCCGGGGCCGGCUGCGCUCGCCCGCGCCCUCGCCCGCCGGCAGCCCUAUACCAGCGGCGCACCACUCGCGCUUCUCGGUAACCCGCGUGACGCCGGAGCGCGAGUCUUCCGAGAGCCCGAGCACGCCCACCCGCCCCGCCUACUGCGCGGCCCCCUCGCGAUUCAAAGUCGUCCAGGUGUCCGAGCCGCCAUUAAUCCAAGUACAUCCAGCGUCGAGUCAGCCGAGGAAAAGUACGUCACGGUUCUCAGUGACGCGCAACUACGAUUCAAUGUACAACCCCUCGCCUGUGCCCCCUGACGCGUCUCCAACCCCCGAAGACCCCCGCCCGGCCACCCCUGGGCCCCCAGACUUGAGGCCUGACAGGCCACAACAAAAGCCUGACAGGCCACACCUGACGCCUGACAGGCCUGAGACCCCAGACCUCAGGCCCGACACGCCUGACCCCCCAAAGACGGUGCCUCACAGAACUCAAGCCUCCGACAGCUUUAACAAUGCAAGAGGAAGUGUCACAGUUGAAAUUAGUGAUAUUAAAAAUGUUAUAGAUGCCAAAAAUGUUAACUCUAGUGAAAGUAUCAAAGUGAGUGAGUGUACAGACGAUUUAGUUAGUAAUGUUUGUUUCACAGACAAAAGUGAGCGUGUGUCUCAUACUGAGACUGUAAUAGGCGAUACGCUGACGACAGAGACUAAAAUAGUUAAGAAUAGUACUGAUGUGAGGGAGAAAGAGAAAGUUGAUGUGCUAGUCGAGGUCACAGUCACUAAAGAACACUCCGACCAGAACGUUUUUGACUUUAAAAACAUCGAUGAAAAACCAACCGUCAAAAAUGACACGGCCAUGAAACAAAUUGAAGCCAUCACAGAAGACUUGGGCAACUUAAUACAAGAAUUCAAAGAUUUGUCAACGAAAAACGUCAGCAAAGUCAAAAGCGACUGCACACAAACCGAUGUAGUUAAUUUAGAUACAUAUAAUGUACCUGUUAAUAUAAUACGUGAAAAUGUAGUGCUUAAGAAAAACAAAAGCGAAUCGAGUCUCGAUAGUCCCGAUUUAGAAGUUUCCAGGCUUAUGAAUAAGAAAUUGGGUGGGAGUCCGUUCUGCGAUAGCAGUUCCUCUUUAGAAAUUUCUGGAAGCUCUGUAGAGAGUCUGAACACAUUGGACAAUCCACAAUCUCAAAUAGUGAAACCUAUAAUCAUUGAAUCUGAUACAGAACUGGACAGGAGAAAAACCGACCAUGUAGCAUUAUCCACGGAAAGUAGCAUAGAAUCUAACACAAGCGAAGUAACUCCAGUGAACAGUAACUUUUUAAAUAUGUCGGUUAGUUCCAACGAAAGCGUGUCUCCUAUUAUAUUCGGUAAAAGUAAAAAGAUACACGAUUCGCUGUCCAGUUUAGAAGCGAGUGUCAGUUCAUUAGAUUCCGGGAGACACGAGAAAGUGAUGAUCACGUCGGCAGAUUCUGGAAUAGAGUAUUCUCUACAGCAACCCUCCGAGAGUAAAGAGGAUAACUCAUCCAACGAAGGCACAUUAACGAACAAUUCGAGUCUAAAAGAAACUGUGAAAAAAGAGACCUCCCAAGAUGUAACUUCGCCCAAAAGAACAUCCAGUUUGCUAGAUGUGCCAGCGUUGAAAACCAAAGGUUUGAGCGAGAGACUGAGAAAGAUAUCCCUAGUGGCCCCAUCCCCAAGCUUCCAUAUCCCCAAACCUGAACCGGAGAAAGAAAUAAAACUCCCAUCCCACCUGGAUAAACUGCUAAGUUUAUUCCAGCACCCCUUGUUCUCUAGAUCUUCAAACGAAGAAGAGAAGAAGGGAACCAACACGCCGCCUAGGAAAGAUUCUUCUUUAACUAGCUCGUUCUGGUCGUGGGGUAGUGCGACAGAGAAGGAGGAUAAAGAAGAUAGAGAUAGCUCGUCCGAAGCGACGGAUUCCACGCUCUCGGAAAGGGUGCAAGUGUCUUUCGUAGACGAAUCCUUCUCCAAGAAGUUGGAUAGCAAAACUCCGUCUACAGACACGGACAAUACCCUCAGCGAGUUCCAAACUUUCCCGCAGAAUUCGGAGGCGAGCGAGUCUCAGGAAAGAGUUACCGAUACAACCACCGAUGACAACUUAGUACAAAAAUGUUUAGUUAUAAGUAAAUUUGACAACGCCAGUUCCAACGGCAACAAGGAUGUGCCGAGAACAAGUGAUAAUACAGAUCUCAUAAAACCCAACGAUUUAAAUAAAAAUUACGACUCAAGCCCCGCGGGCGACACGAAUAAGAAUCCAGAAGAGGAUAAAGAAAAAACGGAGGAAGUUAAGACGGAGCCUGUGAGGCCUAGGUCUUUUGCGUCAGUGCUUAAAUACUCGGGUUCGGAGAACUCGUUGGAUAAGCAAAACAGCCCGGAUUCAGGGCAACCCGUAGACAAGUUGCCAAGCAAAGUCAUACGCGGGAUCAAAGAGAAUAUCAGCCCUGAAAACACCCUAACAUCAAGCAUGACCAACACGAAAACGUUAGCGCUAGAACUCACCGAAAGACAAGUGAAGAAUCAGCCGAUAGUCAACGCAGUUUGGGAGGUGACGGUGCCGGUUUUGGAGAAAAACGAACCCAAAACCGAGGAGUCUAAAGCUCAAACUGACGUGAGAGUGACGGAGAAUUUAGCGCCUAUCGCUACAAUUGAAGAGGCGUGUGACGAAGCAGAUAAUAUAGCGCUGGAUUUCAUAGACGAUCCGAAAUUCGACGAGAAAAACACUUCGGCUGACAGCGGAGUGACCUCUUUAGAAGGCGCAUCGGAAGAUAAAAAGUUCGAAAAGGUUCUGCACUCGCUAACGACGGAGUUGGAACAUGUGGACUUAGGAAAAGACGCGUUAUCGUAUCUAAUUUACGAGAACCCAGAGUAUGAAGCCAGAAAGCUGGAAACCAAUCCUCCACAAGGCUCGUUAGCCCAAGAACUUCAAGACGCAGAAAUAAAGGAAAUGCUAGACUUGUCGCCAGAAUUAAUUAUUGAUGAGGCAAUCGAAGUGCCAGAAGUUUUCACCGUCAAAGAAAUAAUAGGCAUUAAAACAUCUCCAGUGAUUCCUGAAAGAGCUAAAAUCAAAAAGUCGAAUUCUUUAGAAGAUUUGUCGCAAGAGAAAGAGUGUCCUAAAACCAGGACCAUAGCGUUCAAAGUCCCAGAAAUUUUGACGACAACGCCGCGGGAUAUCCCUGAAAGGCGGUCGAGAUUGCGCACGCGAAGUGGAUCCAGCCCGAAAUCUUUACCUGAAAGUUUGAAUAAGCCUUGCCCGUUGUCGAAAAUGGACUCGAUAUUGUCGAAAAAGAAGAAAAAAGUGUCUUCUCUAGGCAAAAUGGCUAAGGAUUCUUUACUAGCGUUAAACAUGAGCGAAGAUGAAAUAGCCGAAUUCCGCAGAUCAUACAAAUUAACCUCAGUAGAAAGUUUGAAAUCUCUGGAAUCUGUUUCCGAAGACGCGAAUUCCCAAAGCGGUAAUUCCAUCGACUCCCGUUGCAAAGCGUGCCUUAGAACGUCGCAAGAGAGCUUAAUGUCGCUCGAUUCGAUCACUGAAGAUUGUAGGUGUACAGAUGACUGUGAAAAACCAGGCCAAUCCAACAGAUAGAUCAUUUUAAUACUUCGAGAUCUAUGGGAUUCUAAUUUAUUUUAAAACCACUGUAGACAGUGGGGUUUGUAACAACCAGCGUCAAAAUUGGCCAAAAAGUUGACAACAAUCUUAUUCCAAUUGUAACAAAGACGUGUUGCGAACUUUUUGGCUACUUUGGGUGUCACGAACCAUUAAAAUUUGACGCUGUCUGUAAUACAUAUUUACAAUGCGAUCGUAUGUGUAAUAUUUUGCAGCUAAAAAUUGUGUUUUUAGAUUUCAUGCCGGUACAUUGAGAGCAUGAAUAUAAGAUCGUAUUAUAAGUACGGUCCUAUUUGAAUUUUGAGUACACCAGUUUCUCAUUAUCUCGAAUUAACCAGACACAUAUACUAUGAUUAUAAACGGCAUAUUUGUACAAUAGUAGAUUUGUACGAAGAUUUUCGAAAUCCUUUUAGGUCUCGAAUUAUUGGAAUCGUGUAUAGAAAUCCAAAAUUAUACUAUCUAUUUCAAAUUUACGUAUAAAAUGACCUUUUUUUAGGUUUUUGUGCACCAGUGCAGACCAAUUUUAAAAUUACGAGUUCCUUCUAGUAGAUUUUGAACUUAAACUCGUUGAUAUUAAGGUUCAAAGUCAUUUGAAGAUUUUUUUAAUUUUCACAUAAAAUAUGUUUGGGAUAAGAGAAAUCGCAGGUUCCAAAAUGACACUUAAAAAAACGAAAUAUGAGAACAAAUGUUACUUCAGCAAUAGACAAGAAAGACGACGCUCUAUGACCAUAGAGUGUUGUCAUAUAUCAUAUAUUAUUUAUUUAGUGUUUUUCAUCUCUUUCAUCCUCUAGAAAAUGUCGGUAGGAGUGAGAGAGAUAGACGCAGGUGUUAUGUUCAAAUCAAUUUUCGAAAUGUACCCGCGGAUUCAUUUUGUAUAUUUUAUUUAUUUUCUAAAAUUCGAUCAGCUGAGGUUUAGAUAGAAGACGUCACUUCUUCGAACAUUUAAUUUUGUAGAUAAUGGAAAUAAUUCGUUUUGACAGAUUCUAACGAGUAUAGUCAAACAAUUCUGAAACAUCAAGUGGCAAAAAUCGGAACUAUAGAUGACCUACGCUGAACUGUCUCACCAAACUCAAUGACAGGGGGGCGCUACCAUCGUUCAACUGUAUGGUUUCCAACAUGGCAAAAUUCGGAACCAGCGAUCCGGUAUUGACGGUGGCGCCCCGCUGUCAAUGUCAUGGAUAGGACAGUUUAGUUUAUUGGAAUUAUAAUAACCCAGUGUUGAUAAUAGCGCCCUUCUGACAAUGUCAUAGCUGGGACGUUUCAGUGUAGGUCAUUUAAAUGACAGUGUGAUUCGACAUUCUGUCAAAUUUUGACAGAAA